GUGCAUCUCCAAACGAUCACAUUCCCGGCCAUGAAAACGCAGUCAUCAUCUUCUUCGAUCAUCGAAACCAUUAUAAUGCGCCACGAAUUUUACUCAUCAAAUCCUCAAACUCAAACCCUCCCCAUUCACCAUACUCUUCUCCUCUCUUCUCCCCAUGAUAUAUGAUCUUGGAUCGUAUACAACAAAACAAAGGAUUCUAUUGUUUCUUCCUUCAUUAAUUCUUUAACAAAAAGAAAAUAAUAAUAAUAAUAACAAUGAUGGAUUCGGGAGUGGACAUGGAUAUUGCUGAUUGUGAUUUUUUGAGCGACAAAGGUGAUAGUGAUGUUGAUAAUGAUAUCCCUGAUGAUGAAUACUCAUCUGAUCCUGAGAUUAAUAAAUAUUAUGUUCAUUGUAUUACUUGUCGAAAUCGCUUAUUUGGUCGCCAAAGACCUCUUCAUUUGGUCAUCGGUGGUGGCUUAGCCGCUGACGUCAUACUUUGGAGGAACAAAGAAACAUCAGCAUGUGUACUUGCUGGUGCAACGGUUGUAUGGCUUCUAACAGAAUGGAUUGGUUACCAAUUCUUUACAUUGUUUUGCAAUACUCUCUUAAUCACAUUCACCUUACUUUUCCUUUGGUCCAAUCUAGCCACUUAUACCAAUUUUGUUUUGUGCUGUAUAUAUAGGUUACCCCCUCAAUUGCCAAAUAUCACAUUACCUGAAGGCUCACUAGUGGGACCUGCUCUUUUGCUGAGAUGUGAGUAUCAUCGAGCUUUGAGAACCUUUAAUAAAGUAAUUUUUGGGGCAGAUUUUAAAAGAUUUCUUAAGAUGGUUGGAGCUUUGUGGAUUCUCUCGAUUUGUGGUAGCCGGUUCAACUUUUUAACUCUCUUUUACUUGGUGACCGUAAUAUUGCUGACUGUGCCAAUGCUUUAUGAGAACUUUGAAGACAAUGUGGACAGCUUUGCCGAGAAGGCACUACUUGAGAUAAGAAAUAAGUAUGCGCAGUUGGAUCAAAGUGUAUUCCAAAAACUUAAAAAUGGUAUUAACAACUGCUGAAACUCUUUACUAGUAUCUCAGCAUUUUUCUUUUUUCUCAUUUACUUGUUCAAGCAAUUUUUGUCACUAAUUUUCUUUUAUGGCUAUAAACUAUAAACUCUUUGAUGGAGGUUAUUAUGAAAAUACAUAUCAUAUGAAUGAGUUUCCUUUUUCUUUUUUGGCUGUAGAAAUGAGUUUAUAGUUUGCGUUGUUGUAACAAUGUUGCUCACGAAUUUGUAGAACAA